GUUUCCGAUGUGGUCGUUGAGCCUUACAACGCCACUUUGUCGGCGAACCAAUUAGUUGAAAACUGCGAUGAGACCUUCUGCAUCGACAACGAGGCCCUCUAUGACAUCUGCAAUAGGACGCUUAAGCUAUUAACUCCCACCUAUGGCGACCUUAACCAUUUGGUUAGUGCCACCAUGUCCGGCGUUACCACCUGCCUUCGCUUUCCAGGACAACUGAACGCCGAUCUUCGCAAGCUGGCUACCAACAUGGUUCCUUUUCCUCGGCUCCACUUUUUUAUGCCUGGCUUUUCUCCACUCACAAGUCGUCACUCACAACCAUAUCGCAGCUAUUCUGUACAGGAUCUUACGCAACAAAUGUUUGACUCAAAGAACAUGAUGGCGGCCUGUGAUCCCCGACAUGGCAAAUAUCUUACGGUAGCCGCUAUGUUUCGAGGCAGGAUGUCGAUGAAGGAGGUUGACGAGCAGAUGUUACAUGUGCAGAACAAGAAUAGUGCCUACUUCGUCGAAUGGAUACCAAACAAUGUUAAAACUGCGGUUUGUGAUGUUCCUCCACGUGGCUUAAAAAUGUCGGUCACUUUCAUAGGAAAUAACACCGCUAUCCAAGAAAUCUUUAAGCGAGUUGGCGAGCAGUUUGCAGCCAUGUUUCGCAGACGAGCAUUUCUGCACUGGUAUACAGGUGAGGGAAUGGAUGAAAUGGAGUUCUCUGAGGCAGAAGCAAAUAUGAACGACUUGAUCAGCGAAUACCAGCAGUUUCAGGAUGCUACUGUGGAGGACGAAGUUCAGAUUGAGUAA